AGCCGUUCCUGCUUGCGAUUUUUCCCGACCCCUCCUUUUUCCUCUCUCCUUUUCUCUUUUUUUUCCUUUCCCUUUUUGUGAAUGAAAAAAGGAGGUCGCGAGCGGUGCUCGGGACUGCAGCGCUAGGCAAGCGUCUGCAGGCAGCGCCGGCGCCGCGGGCCUGGCCCGGCUGCUCCCAACUCCCGCGCGCCCGCAGCCUCCGCGCAGAGCCCGGCCCGGCCCAGCCCGGCCCAGCAGUCCGAGGUCGGGGCGGCCGCGCACAGCCCGGCCUGCGCCCCGCGCCUCCAUGACAUUGGGCGCCCGGGGCGCGGGGAGAUGCUAAUCCGGAAGAGGCAGUGUCUGCAGUGCAGCGCGUGCGGCCGCUCGCGGCCCGCGGUCCGGCCUGGGCUGCUCUGUCAGAGUUUCUGAUCCAUCGUGAGCCGGGCCCGGACCUGGAGCGCCCAACGGCGCGGCGAGAGAAGCCGGCGUCGUCCUAACUUGCCCGCGUGGAGUGACCCCAGACAUCUCACUAAAAUGAGCGUGCUUAGCAGGAAGAGAUGUGUUCCGUACACUAGCAAUUACCCCGUCACAUGUAGUGGUGUCCCAAUUAAUGGAUUCUGACAUGGAUUAUGAAAGGCCAAACGUAGAGACCAUCAAGUGCGUGGUGGUGGGUGACAAUGCUGUGGGCAAGACUAGGCUCAUCUGUGCCCGGGCCUGCAAUGCCACCCUCACCCAGUACCAGCUGCUCGCUACCCAUGUGCCCACAGUGUGGGCUAUCGACCAGUAUCGUGUCUGCCAAGAGGUGCUGGAACGCUCCCGAGACGUGGUAGAUGAUGUCAGCGUCUCUCUGCGCCUCUGGGACACCUUUGGAGACCACCACAAAGAUCGUCGCUUUGCAUACGGGAGAUCGGAUGUGGUGGUUCUGUGCUUCUCCAUUGCCAACCCCAAUUCCCUUCAUCAUGUCAAGACCAUGUGGUACCCAGAAAUCAAGCACUUCUGUCCCCGAGCACCUGUCAUCCUGGUGGGCUGCCAGCUGGACCUGCGCUAUGCUGACCUGGAGGCUGUCAAUAGGGCCAGGCGGCCCUUGGCAAGGCCCAUCAAGCCCAAUGAGAUCCUUCCUCCGGAAAAGGGUCGGGAGGUGGCCAAGGAGCUGGGCAUCCCCUACUACGAGACCAGCGUGGUGGCCCAGUUCGGCAUAAAGGACGUCUUUGACAAUGCCAUCCGGGCUGCACUCAUCUCGCGGCGCCACCUGCAGUUCUGGAAGUCCCACCUCCGCAACGUGCAGCGGCCUCUACUCCAGGCACCCUUCCUGCCCCCCAAGCCACCGCCCCCCAUUAUCAUGGUGCCCGACCCCCCCUCCAGCAGUGAGGAGUGCCCCGCCCACCUCCUAGAGGACCCACUCUGCGCGGAUGUCAUCCUGGUGCUGCAGGAGCGGGUGCGUAUCUUUGCCCACAAGAUCUACCUCUCCACCUCCUCCUCCAAGUUCUACGACCUGUUCCUCAUGGACCUGAGUGAGGGGGAGCUGGGAGGCCCCUCGGGGCCAGGGGGGCCCCACCCAGAGGAUCACCGGGGCCACCCCGAUCAACACCACCACCAUCACCACCACCACCACGGGCGGGACUUUCUGCUCCGGGCAGCCAGCUUUGACGUUUGUGAGAGUGUGGAUGAGGCUGGAGGCUCCGGUCCUGCUGGCCUCCGAGCCUCAACUAGUGACGGGAUCUUGCGGGGCAGUGGAACAGGGUACCUGCCAGGCAGGGGUCGAGUGCUGUCUUCCUGGAGCCGAGCAUUUGUCAGCAUCCAGGAAGAGAUGGCAGAGGAUCCUCUGACCUACAAAUCCCGGCUGAUGGUGGUGGUGAAGAUGGACAACUCCAUCCAGCCGGGGCCCUUCCGGGCUGUUCUUAAGUACCUGUACACAGGGGAGCUGGGUGAGAAUGAGCGGGACCUCAUGCACAUCGCCCAUAUUGCCGAGCUGCUGGAGGUCUUCGAUCUGCGCAUGAUGGUGGCCAACAUUCUCAACAACGAGGCCUUUAUGAACCAGGAAAUCACCAAGGCCUUCCAUGUCCGCCGCACCAACCGGGUUAAGGAGUGUUUGGCCAAAGGCACCUUCUCAGAUGUGACCUUCAUCCUGGAUGAUGGCACCAUCAGCGCCCACAAGCCCUUGUUGAUUUCCAGCUGUGACUGGAUGGCUGCCAUGUUUGGGGGGCCGUUUGUGGAGAGUUCCACCAGGGAGGUGGUGUUUCCUUACACGAGCAAGAGCUGCAUGAGGGCGGUGCUGGAGUACCUGUACACGGGCAUGUUCACCUCCAGCCCCGACCUGGACGACAUGAAGCUCAUUAUCCUGGCCAACCGCCUCUGCCUGCCACACUUGGUUGCCCUCACAGAACAGUACACGGUGACGGGGCUGAUGGAAGCAACCCAGAUGAUGGUGGACAUUGAUGGAGACGUCCUCGUGUUCUUGGAGCUGGCUCAGUUCCAUUGUGCAUACCAGUUGGCUGACUGGUGUCUCCAUCACAUCUGCACCAACUACAACAACGUGUGCCGCAAGUUCCCCCGAGACAUGAAGGCCAUGUCCCCAGAAAACCAGGAGUACUUUGAGAAGCACCGCUGGCCGCCCGUCUGGUACCUGAAGGAGGAGGACCACUACCAGCGUGCGCGCAAGGAGCGCGAGAAGGAGGACUACCUGCACCUGAAGCGGCAGCCCAAGCGGCGCUGGCUGUUCUGGAACAGCCCCUCCUCCCCAUCCUCCUCCGCAGCCAGCUCGGCGUCCCCGUCCUCCUCCUCGGCCGUGGUCUGAGAUGCUGCCACCCUCUUCUGACCCUGCUGCUGUUGUCCGUUUGCCUUUGUCCCUGCGUUCUUCAGCAUCACUCCCUCCACCCAACAGGGAUAAAGGGACCCACCUACCAGGACCAGAAGGGCAGAGCUGUCAUCACCAGCCAGCGCGGCUGAGGAGCUGUCCUUCAUCAGAGCAGGGUCACCCACAGGCCCCGGGUUCCAGGCAGGGCAGGGUCCCUGCCGAGAGGUGGAGGGAAAAGGGCUAGAGUCAGAGGGAGGCAGCCCCCAAGGAGGGCCUGUCUGUGUGUCUGUCCCUGCUCUGGCCAGCGGGCAGCCCCUGUCCCCAAGAGCAGCAAGGGCCCUGCCUCUGACAGCCACAUCUUCCAUCCGUGGGCCUGAGGGUGGCAAACGUUUCGUGGGCGUUUCAAGGAACACACUCAGAUCAUCUCUGGAGAAAUCAGGGUAGAAAUUAAGCUUUCAAAGCCCAACUCAAGAGGUCUGCGUCCUGAGGUGCAGCUGCAAGAGGCCAUCCUGUCAGCAUCCCUCCAGGGCUUUGGGCAGUGCAGGCCUGAUGGCAGGUGGCAGAGGUGUUUCUGAGCUGCAGACCUGGAGGUGGGGCCUCUUGGUGCAAUGAGAAAUUUCUCUCUCCCACUCCUGCAUGCUUCAGACUUAGAGAUGGGAGCCAGAGGACGCAGCUGGGAUGGGGGAGAAGGAAGGGGUGUGGUUUGUGCAAAACAAUUCUGUACUCCUCAGGGUGUGCUCUGCCCCUGGGUAGCACUGCUUUUUAUGCCAUGAAGCAAAAUUAGCAAAAAAGACCCUUACAGAAGAAUGUCAACCAAACUCAAAAGGUCACCAAGAGAAACGUCUGUUUUGCCAAAGAAUGAAGAUCAGAAAAAAACACCGAGGAGCCUACAUUAUUAGAAAGCCAGGCAGAAGGCUCCCAGAUGAGGAGACAAAGGAUUAGGUUGCAUCAUCAGCGCGGCUCCCUUGCAGGAAAGGACCUGUGGCCUCUGUGACUGAGGAUGCCCGGCCUUGCUGGCUGUCCCUCAGGGAAGCCCAGCUCCAGGCCUGCAGCUUGCUGGUGACAAGCUGUGGGGUUGGAGGGAGGGCUUUGGUCUAAGGGCUUGAGAGGCUUUGGGCUCUUUCUUUGUCCAUCCAGAAGGUCCGUUGGCACCUUCUGAAGUGACCUUGCAGGAGUUUCAUAAGAUGUGCUGGGGGUGGGCAGGGAUCAGAUGUCAGAGGAAAGGACAGAGCUGGAGGAUAGGAGUCCCUGUAAUUAAGGAUCAAAGACACAGAGCCCCAUCCGGAGCUGGUGUAUGAGUUAGUGGAUGAAACAGGUCAGUCCGGAAAGGAGGACGAAAUUGGAGAACGCAAGCAGUGGCUUUGCCCAUGGGGUGAAAGCUGGGCCACAGGUGGCCUUUUCCUAAUCCACCACCCCACACUUCCGUCUCUUGGAUGGAGACCUGCUGAAUCAGGGAACAAUCCAGAGGCAGUGGUGAGGGGCUCAGGGCCCCGAGAAGAUGCCUUAGGAAGCUGGACUGACUAGGCACCAGGAAUGGGCUGGUUAGCUCCGGGGCAGGCUGCCCAGAAACAAGGUGACACUGUCAUGAGAAUGUGCUGUCAAGACCAGGAGGUUGAAUCCUCAUGAGGGAAUAGGAACAGGCAGUGGAGGUCAGGUGGGCUUAAAGUUGAGGCAAACACGUUUUCUGGGCUGGGACCUUCCAAAUUCUCGGUGGGCUGGCCGGGAAGGCAGUCACGUGCUGCCCUCUGCUGGCCGGUCGGAAUUACUGCAGUUGAGCAUCGCGGAGACCAGGGCAGCCCUUUAGCCUCCAAGAAGCGGACAGAGCUGAGAGCACACGUGGGUCCAAGAAUUUCUGGUCCUAAAGAGCAAGGCGAAGAACUAUCGGUCUUCCAGGAGCCUGCAGGGCUGGGUAUCAGGGGCUACGGAUGAGAAUGGACAGGCUAGUGGGGAGUCGAAGGCAGCCCACAGGACAGCGGCACGGAAUCCCCACAGCGCAGGCCCACCACUCCUCAGGGACCCUCUGCCCCUUCCCCACAGCUCUGCAGGAGCAGGUCUGCACCCCAGAGAAACCGCCCCAGGGGACUGUGGGGAGCCAGGCCGGACCGGGAGGGGGAGGAGCUAUGAGUGCUCUGAAUUGCAGGAGGCAGAAACAGGAAACACUCUGUGUGGGAUGAACCCCCGGGCACAGAAAGUAGGAAGGAAGGGGCGGGUGUCACAGGAACAACACACCCCCAGACUCAUGACACAGCAGUUACAGAGGAAAACAGGAUGGGGCCAAAAAAAAAAAUCACACCUCUUUUUAUAUAAGGUUUCAUAUUUAAUUUGGUCAUAAAUUCAUAAAUACAUGUAUUUUGUACCAAA